AUUUCUCUUCUGUUCUGCAAAAUAAACAGCGUGAUGAACUGCCACAAUAAUUAGUUUGGUUUAUUGCAGUUUUUAGUUUAUUUCGGAAUUUCUGAGAAGAGAUCAAAGAAUUAGACAAUGAAGAAAACUAUGAUAAUUUCGAUUUUGGUUAAUACAGUUUUGCUCUUCAAUCAAGUGUUGGUUGCGAACGGGGAAAAUGUGAAUGUAUCCUGCCCAAUUUUAUCCCGAACUCGACACAAAGAACUUCGAACUUUCAUGUACAAAAACUGCACUUCCGGUUUCAAGACAUGCUUUCAACAAAUUAUGCUCACUGAAAUCGUUCGAAAUGAGCAACACGCAUUUCUAUUUGCCUCUGGUUGUGCUUCGAAGGAAAUUCUCAAGCCAUUCAAUCUAACCGAGGAAACAUUCAUGAAGUUAUGUGACAAGAAAAAAGUGGGACGAUGUGUUCAUACAUACCAGCAUCGAGUUUAUUAUGGUACACUCUGCUGUGAAAGGAAUUCGGAAAAAAUGUUCGGAUCUUGGCUGUGGGAUGUUUUCUUUGGAAGUAGUGAAGAGCUAAAUGCUGAAAUGGAGAAUACUGUUAGCUUUGUUCAGCGUGAAAGUAUCGGAAUGCACGAUGAUCAUGAUAAUAAAGGAGCAUUGGCUCUCUACAUUGCUGGACCAUUCAUUGUCACCUUUAUAUUUACAUUAUUGUCCCUUUUACAAUAUUAUCAUGUUAAUGAUGGCAUUUUGUCAUAAAAUAAAUAUUAUCGUGACGA